AUGUCUGGAACUUCCAACGUCGGUAACUCUGCUGUCUACGAGGCUCAGGACCAGAGAACCUACAAGGACUCUGAGAUCAACGAGGCCAAGCAGGAGGCUCGCUUCCAUGAGGGCAAGGAGCAUUCUCACCAGGCCAACGACUCCAAGGACGAGCGCACCAUCGCCAACAAGCUCGAGCGUGAGGAGAAGCGCGAGAAGGAGGGUGAGGAGAAGUCUCUCCAGGCCCAGCAGAUCGAGAAGGAUGCUACUCUUCCCGCCAGAUCGCACGGCAACGAGCCCAGCAAGGGAGCCAAGAUCGACCAGCAGAUUGCCGAAGAGGAGGCUGCCGAGCUCGCAAAGAAGGGCUCUUUCGGUCCCUCCAACUAA